AUGAGCGAUGCAUACGUCGAGACCCUUGGGCAGAUGGUCUCCAUUCUUCAGGAAUACAAGCCCGGCUUAGUCACCAUGGAUAAUGUCACACGCUUAUGCAAGACACUACGGUUGGAAUCUUUCACAGACAACAUUGACAGCAACACGGUCCGUCUUUCGGCAGCCUCUAAUAUCAUUGUGAUAGACAUGGACUUCUUGAAAAAUGAGAAACAGGUCAAGGAUGUUAAACUGGUGCUUGCAAGCAAUUUUGACAAUUUCAACUAUUUCAACGAUGGUGACAAUGGGAACAUUUUAUUCAAUGCAUUGAAGUACUUUCCCGAUCUACAGACGUUUUGUUAUAACCUCAAAUUUCUGUCCGUGCUGGACGCACACUCUAGCGUUGAAACAGAAGCCUCUGGCUCUUCCAAAGGUGGGAAAUUGGAUCUUUUCAAGUACUUCACUGAACUUCCAGAACAGCUGCGGUCAUACUUUGAAUAUACAUCCAUCAAUGCAGAAAUACGCACCAAUGUCGAUAAUCGAUUCGGGAUAUAUAUCUUGAUGGAAGGAAGGCAAAUUGCCAAGAUCACAAUUGAGGAGAACACCGUUUCGACCACCAGUCAAUUGUACGACUACCAUUUUGCUGAUGGAAAGUGGAGCUGCAAGAAUCUGGAUAGCGUAGCAUCCGGAGUGAGUCUGACUUUGCAAAUGUGUGACUCUGAUUUAUACUUUCCUCAAGAGCUCAUUUCCGGGGACUUGGUGCUGGAUGCUGAGUACCAGAACUCCUUUUGCGUGGUUAACCAUCAAAAAACAAUUCAACUGCAUAACGAGACUACCACUUCUCUCAUACCGGUAUCAAAAUUCAAUAUCGGCAAUGAAAAUAUCGAGCUUUUAGCAGAACUUCUCAGAUGGGUUUGUUGGUGGCAAAAUGUGCUUUCCAAAGUGCUUCAGAACCUGAAAUGUCCCCAGCCGUCAUUCGAGCCAAAAAGACGCUCAUCUUCGAAUUCUACUUUGAUGGCAUCGCGAAGACGUGCAAGCACCACGCGGCGCCGUAGAUCUUCUCAAAAGGGUCACCGGCCUAGCCUGAAUGAAUCCAGUAUGAUGAAGGACGGCGGUUUGCAGCAGUUUACUCUGAACGAAGUUAUGAACCAAGCUGUGAUCGAGGAUGAGGAGCCUGCUGAGAAAAUCGACCUUAUCUUGGAUGAGGACUCGGUAACUUUUGGUAGCGACCGUUGUGAUAGCACAAUGGGGUUGCCAGAGUGGAAGGCGUUCAUGGAUAAAUUUUCACAAGUCGCCAUAUAG